GUCCGAGACGGGACGGGGGCCUGGCCUUGGCAAUAACGCGCCGUGUUGCGCGCGAGGAGGGCGACCUAGGACUGCCCGUCGCGGCUUGAGACGCGCGCAGAGGGAGCCACGGACGCCGCCGCUGCGACGCCUAACUCGGAGUGCCACCUCAAGGGACAAGUUGCCCCCAGCACCCUACCAGGAGAGGCUGCCUGCCCCCAGCACGCCACCGACGCGAGACGCGACAUAACCAAUGGACAACCUCGCCCUCCCGCCGGAGGUCCUCACGCUCACACACCAGCUCGAAGCGGCCAAGCUCGAGGAGGCGACCACGCAGCUCGAGGCGUGCCGCCGCGAGAACGAGCUGCUUAAGGGACGACUAGAGAAGAGCGAGCGCGACACUCAUGAAUUUGUAGCGUUCUUCCAGCGGGAGGUCGGCGGGAAAGAUACACUGCUGAAGAAAGCUCAGAAAAGGGUCGAGGAACUUGAGUUACUCCGAGAAAAGGAAAACAAGGAACAUGACAAAAAGUUCCGGGAGCGGGAGCGGGAGCUCACGACGGAGUUGAACGACCUGAAAGAGUCGUCCUCCAAAGAAAUCACGUUCCUCAAAGAUGAUUUGCGACGCUUCAAGAACUUCAAGAACGCGCGCGACGAGCUCGAGGACGAGAAGAACGAGUGCGAUCUCGGCGUCCCGUCGUGUGGAGGUGCCUUCACUUCAAUACGACUCGUGUCCAUCUCACGAUGACGUGGGUGGUUUAGUUUUCGAGUUUGAAUGCUCCGCGCAGGUUCGCGAGAAAAUUAAGGCAGUCCAUCGAGGAGCGGCAAGAAGAGAGAGAUGCCACGGAACGGGCUCGCAUCCUCGAGAAGGGCGCGCUCCAGAAGGACUACGAGCGUCGAUCGAAGGAGAUCCGUAAGGAAGCUCGGCGCGAGAUGGCGCGCGGUCUGGACGCCGAUACGCUCAAAGUAGUUGCUCAAAAUAAAUCAUUGUCAGAGGAAUUGCAUUUUCAACGAGAGAUGAGUGAAGAUCUGAAACACAAGGAGAGUAAGUGGAAGGCGUUGGCCACGGAGGCGCGGCGAGACGUGGAACUGCUGCGCGAGAGCGAGAAGGAACGAGCCGCGAUAGCUGUGCGCAAGACCAAGGAGGCCAAAGCUAGAGAAGAGAGGAUCACUGCUCUUGAAUCACAACUUAAAGAGUUGAGGAAAAGUACGCAGGCCGAGACGAGUAAAUUGCGACGGAAUCUCGAGAACGCGCUCGAGGAGCAGACGCUCGAUGCGGCGGGUCUGCGGCAGAUGGUGCGCAUCAAGCAGAAGGAGUUGUCUAAAUUACGGAAGGCCGCGGAGACGGUCUUGGAACAAAGAACCGAGGUCGAGCAGUUCUUCCUCGAUGCCCUGGAGAGAGUGAAGGCCGAAGUCACUGCGAAGCGGGAAGCGGCCUACGCGAAGGACGUCCAGGCUUAUCGGACGUCCAUGCGGACGGCGUCCAACGACCCUAGCGGUACGGCGACGUUUCCGAAAAUUCGGGCCCUACAAGCGGGCAAGGACGUCUCGCGGUUUGGUUUAGUGGAGACCGAGCCUCCAAAAAGAUAUGAAGGGCGGGUCCAGCUUUCCGACUUGACGGCUGAAGAUAGGGAACAUGUUCUACGGUUACUCUUCGCGAAGAUCAACGCCGUGCACGGCUCGGUGCAGCCGCGGCCGGAGCACACGAUGGCUGCUGAUGGAACGUUCCUGACAACACCGAUGGUCGCGCUGCCGUCGGCGCCGCCGCCGCCGACGUAAUCAUAGUUUCGGUAGUUACGUGGGCGGGGGGGUAGCGGUAUCGUCGAAACCGC